AAAAAAAAAACGCUUUAUUUAUUUUUGUUUUAGUAUCCAAAUAAUUGUUAUUGGCGUAAAUCGUUUAAAUAAUUACAUUAAUGUAAAUAACGAGUUCCUACGUUACAUUAGAACUUCGAUUAACAGUAUAAUAAAGUCAAAUAGCAGAUUAGUAAGUCCAAAACCGUGAUGUUUUUAGAUUUAUAACAACAAAAACAUUUGAAAUGCUCCCAAUUGUGAUGUAUAACAUGGAAGGGAGUUCAAACUUUCAACCGAAUUCGUCAUUAUACGACGAAAGUGUCAUACUUAAUUGCGUUCGUAAUCGUAAAAAGGUGUCGGAAUUACCAAAUUGUCCGGUCUGCAGUUGUACAGUGAGACAGGGGGAGUUAGAAAGCCAUUUAUCUUUAGAAAUUGAACGUUUGAAUAAACUAUCUACCGGUGGUUCGAAAAGGAAGCUCAGUGCGAACAGUCCAGGGCCCAGUACUUCGAAUCAAGUGCCCGGUUCGUCCGCAUCUACUUCUAUAUCUGAAAUGCUAGACGCUGAAGAUGUCGACGUCACUGGCUGUUUUGGAAGUGGUGUCUAUCAGAGGGUGCAUGCAAAUCGGCUCAAACGUCUGCGUGCCCGACGACGAAGCUCCCCUCCCCCACAGGCGACGCAGGGCGAGUGCCCCAUUUGCAACGCCACGCUGCCCGUGUCCAGGCUGCAGAGACAUGCGCUGCGCUGCCUGAAGCGGACCGGUGCGGAGAUGGACAAUGAUGUGCCGGAUACCAGCUCUGAGGAGGGCAGCAUAGAUGUUGAGAACGAUGAGCCGCGCGGCUUCGGCGCAGAGUACGACUGGUGCGGCGCGCGCGUGCGGGCUGCGGCGCUGCAGGACAGCGACUUGCGGGCCGGCACGUGGGUGCGCCGCGCCUCCACCGACCAUGCGCUCGUAGUGGACGGUGAUGAAGACACAUUACUGUUUGGGCCUCCUCAGUACUCCCCAUCUAGGAUAGCACCCGAUGCAGAAAUAUCAAUGGACACACAGAGCGAUGAGGCGGAGAGGGACACUCACCACGAAGUGGACAAGUGUGACGAGAAGCCCAACGGACUGGUGGAAGCUAGUGCUGAGACCAGAAUACAAGCGUUGAAGUCAAAAAUUAAAGAUAUGGAGAGAAAACAAAACUCAUCCUUAGAAGCUAAAUGUCUCAUCUGUCUCUGUCAGUAUACAUCUCCAACGGUCUCCAUACAGUGCUGGCACGUCUAUUGUGAGGUAUGCUGGUUGCAGUCACUGCGAGCUAAGAAGAUCUGUCCGCAGUGCAAUGCUAUCACCACUGCAGCUCAUCUGCGUAGGAUAUACAUGUGAAUAUAUAUACUAGGACUAGCGUGGUUCCCGUUCCCGUAGGAAUAUGGGGAUAAUGUGUAGCCUUCCUCGAUAAAUGGGCUAUCUAACACUGAAAGAAUUUUUCAAAUCGGACCAGUAGUUUCUGAGAUUUGCGCGUUCAAACAAACAAACUCUUCAGCUUUAUAAUAUUAGUAUGGAAUUAUAGAUAUUUGACUUUGAAUAUGAAAUUCAUAAAAUUCAAAAUUCAUUUGUUUCAAGUGGGCUUACUUUACAUGCACUUUGAAACGUCAAUAGGGAUGAUGACAGUUUUAACUCUCUUUAGUUUCCCGAAUAUCUGCAUGAAAAUCACAGAUUAAUCAAUAAUAGGCAAAUAGAGCACAUGGAAUACGACGGUGUCGUAGACGCACCGAAUACAAAGUUCAAAAACGAAUACAUUCUCGAGUCAGUGCAGGUACAGACUUCAGUGGUCUAAGAUCUGGCAUUAGAAAUAUACACACUCAUCGGUUAUUAAUUAGUGAUAUGAAAUAUAUGAUAGGUAAAGUUCACACACUGCAAAUAGGUUGCCUAGUUAAAUUGCGAAACCCAUUUUCAUACAAAAUCUAGGAAACUAUGAACUAGAUCAAAAGGCAACAUAAUACAGUUAAAUUAAACAUAAAAUAAGCUUUCAUUUGCUACUGAUGAGGGUAUUUUUGUAUAACAUCACUUUACUAUCUGGCAACCCCACAGUUGCAGUGUGAAUGCAGGCAACCUUUACUUUUUCGAUUAUUUUUGUCCUUUUUUUAUUAGGUAAUUAGUGUACGGAUUUUUAUUAUUUUAACCAAUAUGGGAAGGAGAUUAAAUAAAUUGAAAAAAAAUUACUAUUAAUAUUAUCCGGCCGCAAUUCAACUAGGCAACCUAUGUGUAAUGUGCACAUGUGUUUAUUUUCUAUAAUUUAUUUCUAAUAAUAUAUAUUUAUUAUUUUAAAAUGAAUCCAUAUAUCCCUUGGCCACACCAUCAUGCAUCAUGCGAAUAACUGGACCAGUUUCACCAUUUUUUUUUCAUGUGUUUGUUAUUGUCAGGAGGUUCUUAUGAUAGAAAAAAAUUAAAAAGUUGAAGGGUAGGGUAGGGUAGUUAAAAGUUUAGAUCGAGUUUCACGCGGACGAAGUCGCGGGCGUCCGCUAGUACCAAUUAAAUAACAGAUGAGGGUAUAUAUUUGUUAUGCUGGCUCUUGUACUAUAAGUUAAAAGUUUUAUUAUGCGUUUAUUAGAUAGAAAUUGUUACAACAUUGAAAUUAACAACAUGUACUGAAUAGUUAUAAGAAAUUACUUAAAAUGACAUUUUUUUUAAUAAUGGGAGUUCUAAAAUUUUUUUUUUUUAAAUUUAAAAUAAUUUUAUUAUUGAAAAAUUGAUGUAAUAGUGUAUAGGGUUAGUAUAAUUACAAACGAAAUAUAUUGUUUUUUUUCUACAAUAAGUUUUAAAUAAGAUAAUAAUUAGUUGUUAAGUAUAAUUUGUUUACUGUGUAAAUAAUAAAGGUAUUUUUGCUAUGUAA